AUGCUGCAGUUUCUCGCUAACAUCGAUAGUAAUCUCUUUGUAGGGGCCGGUGUGGCUGUAAUUGCCGUAAUAGCAAUGAAAUAUAUGAAUGCACGUGCUGAUGCAGCUCAGCAUCAUGCCUAUGAAGUAGCCAAAGCACGACAGGAAGCACUUAAAGUAGAGCGUGAGAAACUCAUUAAACGACGGUAUUUCUCGCUUGAAGAGCUAUUGCCUUAUAAUGGUGAAGAUGGAAGACCUAUUUACAUUGCAAUACUAGAUGAAGUCUACGAUGUAAGUUGUAAACGUGAUUUCUAUGGACCGGGUGAAGGUUAUCACCUUUUUGCAGGACGAGAUGCAUCCCGAGCGUUGGCCAAGAUGUCCUUUGAGAAGGAAGAUCUGGAGAGCAAUGACCUAUCAGAUCUAAGCUUUAUGGACAAAGAGACACUUAAUGACUGGGUUACGAAGUUUUCAGUCUAUAAUAAGUAUCCGAACGUAGGACGCGUACUACGUUGUCGUGACCUGACGCUUCAGCAGCUCAAACAGUUUAACGGCUUGGAUAAUCCACGGAAGACUGUUUACGUAGCUGUAAAUGGUAACAUAUAUGACGUAACACUCGACGGACUGGACCACUAUGGCCCAGACGGAGGCUACAAGCAGUUUGCGGGUCGAGAUUGCUCUCGAUCACUCGCGUGCAUGUCGUUCUUGGACGAGUAUUUGGACAACCCGACGCUCGAUGGGAUCACGGAGCAGCAGCGUGAGGUGCUUAACAAGUGGGAGGAGAAGUUCAAGGAAAAGUACCCGGUGGUGGGCAAGAUUAUCAAGUAG